CGGAUGGCGGGGUGAAAUGGUGACAAUUUUUUUUGGAGGUCAUCCUUUCAACGUAUUGUGUUGACCGGCACUCACCUACCACCAAUUGGCCCACCCAUAUCGACGCCAUGCCUCAUGAGACGUUGCUAGGUAGCUCAUGCUACACUCGAUCUCAGACUCAGGAGCUCAUAGAACGCGUGAACAAACAAAACACCGGAGCCAAAGCCAAGCAAAUAUCGGGCCAGUGGAUAUACUAUGUCGACCUCAAGACCUCAAACAAGGAUGGCCUCGACCAGGUUAAGGACCUGAUUGACGUAGUGGUUUUAGCGAACCCCCCAGAGAACGCUAGCAACUCCAUCAAUAUCUACAUCACACCUCGAUAUAUAAGCCCUUGGAGCUCCAAGGCGACGAGCAUUGCGCACGUCUGCGGAUUACAAGACCAUGUCCUCCGCAUCGAACGUGGACGACUUGUCACUCUCGAAUUCGAGGAGGAAGGAGAGCAAGAUCUCUCGUUCCGCGACAUGCUCCACGACCGCAUGACUGAAACCUUCAGCUCCGACCCGCCGCACUUAGAGACGAUAUUCAGUGAAGGGUCACCCGCUCCACUCAUCGUUGUGGAUAUAUUCGCCGACCCCGAGAAACGCGAUCCCGUCACCGUCCUGCAGGAAUACAAUCAGAGCAAGGGGCUGGGUCUGGACAAGUCGGAGAUGCAGUUCCUGGUGGAGGAGUACACCAAAUUGGGCCGAUCGCCCCACGACAUCGAGCUGUUCAUGUUCGCGCAAGUGAACUCGGAACAUUGCCGGCAUAAGGUAUUCAACUCGCAGUGGACAAUCGAUGGUGUACGCCAGAACAGGAGUCUUUUCGAGAUGAUCAAAAAUACCCACGAAAAGACACCAGACUACACGGUUUCGGCAUACAGCGACAACGCGGCAGUUUUUCAGGGUGAAGUGGGCAAUUUCUGGUCUCCGGACUAUUCUACAGGGUCGUAUCGGUUGCAGAAGGAGACAGUUCAUAUCACAGGAAAAGUUGAGACCCACAACCACCCAACCGCCAUAUCACCAUUUCCGGGAGCCGCAACGGGAGCGGGCGGGGAAAUCCGUGACGAAGGCGCCGUUGGAAGGGGCUCAUCGACUAAGGCCGGCUUGUGCGGCUUCUUCGUCUCAGAUUUGCUGAUUCCGGGCAACAAGGAGCCAUGGGAAUUGGACGUUGGCCGACCAGCACAUUAUGCAAGUAGUCUUGAUAUAAUGUUGGAGGGUCCGAUAGGGAGUGCUCGUUUUAACAACGAGUUUGGGCGCCCUUGUCUCUCCGGAUGCUUCAGGACACUUCUCACGCCGGAAACCAAUGAAGAGUCGGCUGUGGGUAAAUGGCGUGGCUAUCAUAAGCCGAUUAUGAUUGCCGGUGGGGUUGGAACCGUCAGACCGCAGCAUGCGAUUAAAGAACCCAGAGUCGUCGGUGAAGGUGCUCAUGUCAUCGUGCUCGGCGGCCCAGCCAUGUUGAUUGGUCUGGGCGGCGGAGCAGCAUCAAGCAACGCCUCAGGGGAAGGGAAUGCUGACUUGGAUUUCGAUUCGGUGCAGAGAGGAAAUCCCGAACAGGAAAGAAGAGCGCAGAUGGUCAUCGACACCUGUGUGGCACUGGGUGACGAAAACCCCAUCGCCAUGAUUCAUGAUGUCGGAGCCGGAGGAUUGUCAAACGCUUUGCCAGAACUGGUCAAAGACGCUGGGUAUGGUGGGAAAUUCGAGCUACGCCAAGUUGAAAGCUCCGAUAAGCGCAUGAGCCCUCUCGAAAUCUGGUGCAAUGAAGCCCAAGAACGGUACGUGCUAUUGAUCAAUCACGGCGGCUUGAAUCGAUUCGCCAGAAUUUGCGAGAGGGAACGAUGUGGAUACUCAAACGUUGGAACCGUGACCACAAAGGAUGCCGAUGGAGCAUACAAGCUCAUCGUCACAGACAACAUUUCGAAGGAGCACCCUCGCCCCAUAGACCUCCCCAUGGAUACCCUGUUCCCCCCAAAACGCACACUAGAACACAACGUCAGCUCGAAGAAGCCGAACUUGGCCCCAUUCGACACUGCGGCCAGCCUCCGAACCGCAUUUGGGGACCAGAUGGGCGAUUCAGACGUGUUCAAGAAAGCUGUGCAGCGAGUUUUCUCUAUGCCUGCCGUAGGAUCCAAAUCAUUUUUGAUCACGAUUGGAGACCGCUCUGUUGGAGGUCUCACUGUCAGAGACCAAAUGGUUGGUCCAUGGCAAACGCCAGUUGCCGAUGUUGCUGUGACGGCGACGUCGUUCAACGUAGGAGGCAGAGCCAAGACGGGUGAAGCCAUGGCCAUGGGAGAGAAACCGACGCUGGCCCUUAUUGAUGCCGCGGCUUCAGCCAGGAUGGCAGUUGCAGAGAGUUUACUGAACCUCGGCGCUGCGGAUAUUCUGGGAGAUCUGCGCCGUGUCAAGCUCUCCGCAAACUGGAUGGCGGCUGUGAACCAUGGCCAAGAAGGUGUGGCUCUAUAUGAGGCUGUGAAAGCCAUUGGGAUUGGAAUGUUGCCGGAACUCGAGAUCAGCGUGCCUGUUGGCAAAGAUUCGACCUCGAUGAAGGCGUCUUGGAAGGAUGAUGACGGAGCUAAGAGUGUGACUGCUCCCGUGUCCGUUGUUAUAUCAGCCUUUACCGUGGUCAGGGACGUCAGGAGCACGUGGACACCCCAACUCCGACUUGAUGUUGGGGAAACAAUUCUCUUGUGGGUUGACCUGGCUGCCGGCCGAAAAGCCAUGGGAGGUUCUGCACUGGCCCAAUCCUUCGGUCAAAUCGGCCACGAGGCACCCGAUGUCAGGUCCGUCAGCCUCAUCACGGAUUACUUUGACGCGCUCUCGCAGCUUCAUGAAAGCGGUAUUGUGCUAGCCUACCACGACAGAUCGGAUGGUGGCUUGAUCACGACACUGGCUGAAAUGAUGUUUGCCGGCAGAUGCGGUGUCGAUGUGAUGCUCGACGGCAUCUCCAAGUCGAGCAACCUGGCUGACAUGACAGAAGCCCUCUUCAACGAGGAGCUGGGUGCCGUCUUCCAAGUACGCGCCUCGGAUGAGGUCAACUUCAAGAGGUGUUUCUCGACCUGCGGUCCACCUCCUGGCCUCAUCCGAAAGUUCGGAGUCGUCAAGUCGAGGUCUAAACAGACGCUGACGAUCCGUUACGGAGCCACACCUUUCGUCAACCUAGACCGGGCUGAGAUGCAGCAGUGGUGGACCAAGACUUCGUUCGAGAUGCAAAAGUUGAGGGAUAACCCUGCGAGUGCCGAGUCUGAGUACGCCACAAUCUCUGACUCAAAUGACCCCGGUCUUUCAUUCAAUCUCACCUUCUCCCCAUCUGAGAAUAUCCUUCCCAUGUCAGCAUCGAUAACUGGCUUCUUUGGUAAAGUUCCCCGGAUUGCCAUUCUCAGGGAACAAGGUGUCAACAGCGCCAAGGAAAUGGCAUUCGCUUUCAAGGCUGCUGGCUUCGACCCCGUCGAUGUCCAUAUGACCGAUAUCAUCGCAGGCCGCUCGCUCGCAGAAUUUUCUGGCCUAGCAGCCUGCGGAGGAUUCUCGUUUGGUGACGUUUUGGGUGCGGGCCAGGGCUGGGCCAAGUCGAUCCUAAUGCAUCAGAACGCGCGUCACGAGUUCGCCGAGUUCUUCAAGCGCCCAAACACAUUCACUCUUGGCGUCUGCAACGGCUGCCAAAUGCUUUCCAGGCUCUCAGAGCUGAUUCCCGGAACGCAACACUGGCCCGCUUUUGUCGAGAAUACCUCGAGGCAGUUCGAAGCCAGGUAUUCCAUGGUGAAGAUCCAGGACAACCCGGCCAAUCCAUCCGUGUUCCUCCACGGAAUGGACGGUUCCAGCCUUCCUAUCGUUGUCUCUCAUGGAGAAGGCCGGGCUGAGUUCUCCUCGCCCAACUCGCUCCAGGAACUGUCCGAGUCGAACAUGAUCCCCAUUCGUUACGUUGAUAACCACCUUAACACGACGGAGAAAUACCCAUUCAAUCCUAACGGCAGUCCUGGUGCUGUUGCGGGUGUUUCGAGCAAGGAUGGCCGCGUGUUGGCUAUGAUGCCUCAUCCCGAACGUACAAUUAUGGCUGAUGUGGGUAGCUACCUUCCCCCCGCCGAAACCCUCGAGGAAUGGGGCGAGUUUGGUCCGUGGGUCCGGAUGUUCAAGUCGGCUCGUAGGUGGAUCGGCUAGAUGGAUUUGACUGUGUACUGCUCGUGAGCAAGGGAAGACGAGGUGUCAAGACCGCCAGUCGAGUCCAAACAGAAUUAGAGGUCCGUCUGACGGUCUAAAUACUUCAGUAAACACUGGGAAAGGCGUUCUUGAGCAAGCAAACAAAGUACUGCCACGACUUCGUCCAGAAGUCACUAGUCAGCAAUCUGAGCAAAGUUACAGGGGGCAGUUUCUCAACCCACUCGAAUACCUAGGUAGCGUUAGUACGCUCAUGCUAGGAUGAUUGAUCAUGCGCAGUGAAAAAGCCAUUACGCGUCAGGACUGGACGGACUGUCUCGCUCUCUAGAGAAGGGGUUGUCGUGUAGAUUACUAGAGAUGGGCGCAAAGUGCAUUUACAGAUAGCUGCAGGGCACUGGGUAGAUCGAUAGUCAGAUAGACAGAAAAGAGCAAAAUUGAUAAAAACAGUCUACA